AUGAAGGAAUGUAUUAGCGAACAAGAUCAUUAUCGAAUAUUUCCACCAAAACAAUAUUCAUUCAAUGAGGAAUGUGAUUUGAUCGAGGUGGAUGGUGAUGAAUUAGCAUAUUGCUUAUGCCGGAAAAGUUUUUGCAACAUGAAAAAUAUCAUCGAUCAAUUUAUUGAUUUUGAAGAAAAUCAUCCUGAAAUCUUUGCUGCUACAAAUAAUGAUGCUAUUGAUGAUAAAUAUGAUGAACAAAUUUUAGCACCAUCAUCAUUACAAGGAUAUUCAACACAAUUAAAUUAUCCUACAAUACCAAUUACACCUCAGAUUGAAACAAAUUUCCAUUAUGGAACAUUAAAAACGACAUUAUCUGAUGGACAAUUUAAUGAUAAUAUUGAAGAGAGUAAUUCGGGUUAUGUAAAUAAUCAUCCCAUUUCGCGACAAAUAUAUGACAUCUCAC